CCAUGUGUAUUCCGGACAGGGAACUAGCGGCUUGGGUGGAAUUCGCCUUAUUUGGACGGUGAGUUAUUUUACAGCCCGGGGCGACUUCCUGUAGGGUGUGUGACGGGGGAGAGAACAGACCAGGGACCAAGGAACCAGCGUAACUUCUUAUAGGAUCCAAUAUGUCCAAGUCCCUGAAGAAGAUAGUGGAGGAGAGCAGGGAGAAGAAUGUGCCUGAUAUUGAUAUGUGCGACAGGGGCAUCGCUAACAUGUUGGAUGUGCCCGGCCUGUUCACCCUGUCUCACAUCACACAGUUAAUUCUAAGCCAUAACAAGCUCACAACUGUUCCCCCGAAUAUCGCUGACUUAAAAAACUUGGAAGUGCUCAACUUUUUCAAUAAUCAGAUUGAAGAAUUGCCAACCCAGAUCAGUAGCCUUCAGAAGCUCAAACACCUCAACCUUGGUAUGAACAGGCUGAACGGUCUGCCUCGUGGCUUUGGCUCCUUGCCGGCUUUGGAAGUCCUUGACCUCACCUACAACAACCUGAAUGAGAACUCCCUGUCUGGAAACUUCUUCUAUCUAACCACCCUGCGUGCACUCUAUCUAAGUGACAACGAUUUUGAAACCCUGCCGCCAGAUAUUGGGAAGCUCACGAAGUUGCAGAUAAUCAGUCUUCGGGAUAAUGACCUGAUAUCAUUGCCUAAGGAGGUCGGGGAGCUCACUCAGCUUAAAGAGCUACAUAUACAAGGGAAUAGGCUAACUGUCCUGCCCCCUGAACUGGGCAAUUUGGAUCUCACAGGCCAGAAGCAGGUGUUUAAAGCGGAGAACAAUCCUUGGGUCACACCGAUUGCUGAUCAGUUCCAAGUGGGAGUGUCUCAUGUCUUUGAAUAUAUCCGCUCAGAAACCUACAAAUACCUGUACGGAAGGCACAUGCAAGCCAACCCCGAACCCCCAAAGAAGAACAACGACAAAUCAAAGAAGAUCAGCCGCAAGCCUCUGGCAGCCAAGAACAAAUAGCCGACAGGACGGCUUUACGUUAUGAGCGGUGCAUGCGGCCAAUUAUUUCUAUUUAUUUCCUGCCGCGGGAUGAAAAGGAAAUUCGUAAGGUUCUACAUUUUUGUAUAAUUAUUAUUAUUUGUAAUGCUGUGCCUUAUUUUAAUCAUAUCCUUUUA